UUCCUUUCAAUCAAUAUGAAAAGUUGGAUAAUUGUUUUAGCACGGUAAGCAAAACAAAGCAAAGCAAACUUUCUUCGCUUUCUCAACUCAGACUCUCAUCCCUCUCUUCCCCUUGUCGCCCCAUAGCACCUGCCACAACCCUUCUCCAUUUUUCUUCUUCCCCUCUUCUCUUUUAGUCACCGUGGGUUCUUUCUCACCAUGGCCACACCCACAAUAGAAUCAUCAUCGGUUUACUCACCAUGGGUUCUCCCCCAACCCAUGGCCACACCGUGGGUUCUAGCGGACAAUCGCCCCCCUCCCUCUUUCUCUCAAUGGGAUUAAAGUGGAUUUCUAAUUUUUUUUUUGUAGUUGUUGCAACAACUGAUCGUUGCGAUUUGCUAUGCUGCAAGCACGUUAAGGCCAAACGGUGUUGCCAUGUGCUUGGAUUGCAUCGUGAUUGGACCAUCUAGGGCUAUUGACCCCCACAUGCAGCGAGGACGCCGACACUAAACAAUGAAAUAAAAAAGCAACAUCAAGAUCAUGAGCCUAAAUAUCAUGGAGGGAGUGGAAGACAUAGUGAUUGUGGGAGCUGGAAUUGCUGGUCUUACAACAUCCUUGGGACUUCAUAGGCUGGGAAUUCGAAGCCUAGUAUUGGAAUCCUCGGAUAGUUUGAGAGUCACAGGUUUUGCCUUCACGACAUGGACAAAUGCUUGGAAGGCCCUAGAUGCUGUUGGCCUCGGCUCCUUUCUUCGACAACAUCAUCAACGGCUUCUUGAGAAUGUGACUACCUCUACAAUUUCAGGGCUUCAAACCUCAAAGACGUCAUUUGAAGUCAAAGGAAAACAUUUAGAACACGAAAUUCGUUGUGUUAAAAGGAAGUUGUUGGCGGAAACCCUGGCAGAGGAACUCCCAAGUGGCACGAUCAGGUACUCUUCCAAGGUAGUUUCUGUAGAGGAAUCAGGCUCCUUGAUGCUCGUGCAUCUUGCUGAUGGAACUAUUCUCAGAACUAAGGUUUUACUUGGGUGUGAUGGAGUGAACUCGGUGGUGGCAAAGUGGUUGCAUUUCAAGAAACCGGCUUUUGCAGGGAGAUCUGCCAUAAGGGGCUGUGUAGACUUCAAGCGCAGUCAUGGAUUUGAGAACAAGUUCAUGCAGUUCUUUGGGAAAGGUUUUCGAUCUGGUUUUCUUCCUUGUGAUGAUAACAUCGUCUAUUGGUUUUUCAUCUGGACUCCGUCCAACCAAGAGAAAGAGAUAGAAGAUAACCCAGCUAGGAUGAAGGAAUUUGUGUUAGGCAAGCUUGAAAAAGUUCCUGAUGAAAUAAGGAAUGUAAUUGAAAAUACUGAACUAGAUGGUAUUACAUUGUCGGCACUAAGGUAUAGGCAUCCCUGGGAGCUUCUUUGGGGAAAUAUCAGCAAAGGAAACGUCUGUGUAGCCGGCGAUGCACUCCAUCCCAUGACCCCUGACCUUGGCCAAGGUGGUUGUGCUGCCUUAGAAGACGGCGUUGUUUUGGCCAGGUGUCUUGGUCAGGCUCUACUGAAAAAACCAAGUGGGGAUCAGAGAAAAGAUAAAACAGAAAGAGAAAGAGAUCAUCAUGAUGAAUAUAAGAGGAUUGAAUCGGGAUUGAAGAAGUAUGCCAAAGAGAGGAAAUGGAGAAGCAUUAACCUCAUUACUACAGCUUAUAUUAUUGGUUACAUUCAGGAUGGUGGUGGAAAAGCUUUAAGCUUCUUUAGGGAUAAAAUGCUAGCCAGAUUCCUGGCUGGGGUGUUGUUGAAGAGGGCUGAGUUUGAUUGUGGAAAGCUUGUUUAAAAAUUCUUAAAAUGAACUCAGUGUAUAUGCAAUGGCUGAACUAGGAACUUUUAUGAGAGGGGCCAACUUUUCUAUUAU